UCCGUAUCCGGCCCCCGAAAAUUACAGUCUUAAAAGUCCAUCCCCCAGGACUCCUCAAUCCACAAUGUCAUAUUAUUCGUACCCUCCUCCAACAACUUAUCCGGGCCAAGAAGCCGCAGUUAACGACUCAUCAAACCCUCCAGCAGCACCUUAUCCGGCAGUUAUGGAAGGCUCGUACUCGUACCCUCCAGCAAGCUAUCCCGGCCAAAAUGUCGCAGGGGGCCAAGUCCCCAUCCAACCCGGAUUCCAACAGGGCGUCUACCCAGCAACCAGCAACAUGGGUUUUGGACAAUGUCCCCCAGUCGGAGGCUACGUGAAUGCCCCCCACAUCCGGGGACCAUACGUCAAUGCCGUCGGAAAUCCAAAUUACUCGGGACAAAAAAUCUGCCUCAACGUGGCCCUUGUCAUUAUCUUCAUCUCCAUAAUAGUUGGUGUCAUCAUCGGCAUCGGUGGAGGGGGUGGUACUAGACACAGCUCUACUGUUAUUCAUACGCGCCACUACCGACUUAGAGGGUGAGAAGGAGCGCAACAUUUAGUCAGCGAAAGCCGCCCUUAGUAUUUCUAAUGCCGACCAGAAUAUGAAAACAAAAAUCGAGGAAAGAAACCCA